AUGGCUUAAGGGGCCGUGAUCUCUCUCUGAGCCUUGGCUGCUGCAAAGUCCCCUGUAGUUGUAGCACAGCGGCCACCGGUCUCCGCGUAUCUGCUGCUGAGCUGUGGACAGGGCCUGACGAUCAGCAGCCAAGUGCAUCCGUAGCAUUAUGGCUAAUACGUUCUUGCAGAUAAUGGAGUCUCUCAGCUCCGCUAAGGCUCAUAAGUGUGAAUCAGCAAUGCAGGAUGAAAGUGAAGAUGACAUUGAGUUUAUCUGUGAAGGGCCUUCAAGACCUGUGCUUGACUGCAUUGACCUUGUCAGUAGUGAUGAUGAAGAACCUAGCAGCAGCUCCAAUGUUCAUAGAAAUGUAAAGCGUAAAGACCACAUAGACUAUCAGAAGGAAAGGGUUGCUUCAACCCUAGAUCGCCUAGCACGCCACGUGGAGGUAGAGAAACAACAAAAAGAAGAGAAAAACAAAGCUUUCAAGGAAAAAGUGGACUCCCAGCAUGCUCAUGGAUUGCAGGAGUUGGAAUUUAUCCGGGGACAUAGUGACACAGAAGCAGCAAGAUUGUGUGUAGACCAGUGGCUAAAAAUGCCAGGUCUCAAACCAGGCACCAUUAACAUGGGAAGAAAAGCUGUGUCCCACAGAACUGGCCAAACACCAAUCAACAGCAAUCCCAUUUUAUGUCCUGUAAUGCACUGCAACAGGAAGUUUGAUAAUGGUCAUCUUCUGUUAGGUCACCUGAAAAGGUUUGAUCAUUCUCCAUGUGACCCAGCAAUUACACUGCAUGGACCUCCAACUAAUGCUGUUGCCUGUGUGGUAUGCUGCAAAAGAUUUGUCACCUCACAGCAGUAUAGUGAUCACCUUUUAUCUAAGAUAAAUGAAAAUGAUGGGCAUAAAAGAAAUCUUCCUCCACAGCUUAUUCAGUGCUUUGCAUGUCCAUACUGCUUCCUCCUUUUCAGCAUAAGAGAUGAAUGCCUGCAGCAUAUGUCUGGAAAGAAUCACUUCCUUCAGGUUUUUAAAUUGAGUGGUGAAACUGGGACACCACUUCCUUUAUCUUUCCCAUCUUAUGCAAAGAAACUUCUGAUAGCUUUAUGUAAAGAGGUCCCAUUCCAAGUGAAGUGCACAUCCUGCCACCAGAAGUUACAUUCACAUAUGGAGCUAACAGCUCACUUCAGAACUCGUUGUCGUAAUGCUGGUCCUGUAUCACUGUCGGAAAAGAGCAUCUCCCAGGUUGCAGAAAUAUUUAAAGCAAGAGGUCACUGUCAAAACUGUGACAGACUCUUUGUAGAUGAAAGCCAGAUCAACCAGCAUAGUCGUGCAACUCAACACAAAGUUAAAAUUAUUACCACAAUGGAAGAGUCCAUCUUGAUGUUUUGCCAUAUGAAUGAAAGAAAUAAAAACCCAUGUCAGCUGAGGCAGAUUAUAAAUCAGUCAAGGUCUUCACUCCUUAAGAGACCAUUGACUUUGAGUGAGCCUGUCUGUGAAAAUGAGUCUGCCAUUUCAAAACGGAAAAAGGAUUUAGAAGAAAAAAAUCAAGAGGCUGGAGUAAGCCUACAUCAAGACAACACAGGCAAAAUAAAAGCCUGGUUCUGUGAAUGCCUUCUGAAGUUUGCUACUGAAGAGUCAGUUGAAAAGCACGUUUUGUCAGCAAAUAGAAUCUGUCACAAGUGUGCUGUAUGUGGGAAGCUUGCUGAAAACUCAAGCAUCAUCCGUCUGCAUAUGAGUCGGUUCCACGGAGGGGCACACUUAACUAACUUCAUUUUCUGGUGCCGGGCAUGCAAUACAGACCUCCUGAGAGAAGAGAACAUUAUGGCACAUGUCACUGAAUUUCAUGGUGGACAUUCUUACUAUUAUGAACAGGAAGCUCUAGAGAAUGAACCUAUGGCAUCGUCUUCUGACACACUGUGCAGUAUCUCCAAAUGGGAAGAGCAUCUUCCUAGCCCUGUGGAUCAGUCCCUUGAGAGAAGUCCUAUUUUAGGAAAAUGGCAAUGCUGCAUUUGUGAGGAAAUGUUUGAGUCUGAAGACAGCGUUAAACAACAUUGUAUGUCUUUAGGAAGCCAUCAGUUUCACAGGUAUUGCUGUGGCUUGUGCAAAAAGCAUUUUCACAAAGCAGAAACACUAUACCGACAUUGCCAAGAGCAGCACAGCCAAGAGAUACAGGUUAAAUAUUUUUGUGGCCUUUGUGGUGAUCUCUUUUUCGAUGUUGAGGAAGAAUUUCUAGUCCACUAUAAGGGUUUCCAUAGCACAGAUUACAUGUUUGUGUCUGAAGAGUCAAUAAAAAAUAAAGACGACCUUACACUAUUGGAAAAAGGUGACUUUCUAACCUGCGGCUGCCGGGAAGAGUAUAUCUCUAGAGUAAAUAGAAAGGAAGAUCACCGGAAUUGUCAGAAAGCCCUACUGGAAAAAGGCAAUCUGUGGUUUCGCUGCUGCUUCUGUUCAGCAACGGCACAAAAUUUCACAGACUUGAAUGAUCAUCUCAGCAAAAGUCACACCCCAAGGAAAAGCCAUGAAGAGAUGUAUGUUGUGAGAUGUGGUGCAUGCAACAAAAAUUUCCACGAUAUUGUGAGUGCCCAUCAACACUAUCAUGAUAAACACUGCUUCUUGCAAAAGCCUAAUAUAAAACAUUUUGGAUCAGAAUCAGAAAGCAAAGUCUUCAACUUUACAGCCACUGGUGCUUGUGUGGACAAGAAGCCUGAUAAACUAAAGUUUCCAGCAAAUGGAACUAAGGUUCAAAAAAAGUCAGAAUCUCCUUCUCUAAAGAGAGAAGAAGAUAGAAGGAAAGAAAGAAAUGAGAAUAAAGCAUAUUCUGAAGAGCAUGGUGAAGAAGACAGUGAACUGCCAGAUUUUGACUAUCUGCGCACCAUGACUCACAUCGUGCUGGUGGACUUAGACAACUGGGGAAGGUUUUUCAUUCAUCUGCCAGCCAACCUGAACCAAGGGACAUUUGUCUGGGGCUUUCAAGGAGGACACAGCAAUUGGAAGCCUCCAGAACAGUGCAAAAUCUUUAAUUACCUUAAUAAGAUUGGUUGUUUCUUCCUUCAUCCACGCUGUGGUACCAGAAGGGAAGCAGCAGACUUCGCACUCUGCAUGCAUGCUGGCCGUCUGGAUGAGCACCUGCCCAAACAAAUUCCUUUCACCAUUCUCUCUGGAGACAAAAGCUUUCUAGAACUGGAGGAUCAGUUUAAGAAGACUCAGCGGACAGCUCACAUCCUAAACCCUCAUGACAUCGAUGGAGAUAUGAUGUGUGCCUUACUAAACAGCAUUUCAGAUACUACAAAAGUUUCAGACAGUGAAGAGGAUGAUGAUAUUAAAACAGUGCAAAUGAGUUUUCAAGAAACAAAGAAACAGGAAGAGGAAGAUGUGGAAUUACAAGAAGCUAUCAAAAGAAGCCUGGAGGAAAUGUAAAUGAAGAUACUCCUGUAUGCAAAUAGCAUGCUAUCAAAGCUGCUUUCAGAAGCGGAAGCUUGUUCAUCCUUUAACAAAGGGUCAGAAAAUACUGCUUUAAAAAUGUGCUUAUUCCUUUAAUGGUUAAACUUGUAAUUAAUAUGUUGCUGAUCGUGUCAUGCAACUAAAUUGACAAAUGGAGCUUAUGGAUGUAUGUGUUGCAACAUUCUGUAUAUGACAAAGGAAAAUAAAUUGUUAAAAGCAUUA